AAAAAAAUCCCCGCUGCUUUCUCCCCUCUCUCUCUCUCUCUCUCUCUCUCAAGUCCCCCCAAUCACCGUUCUCUCUUCGAACCCAACCAAAUCUAAACCCAAAAACAAUGGAGAACCCCACCGCUUCAUCAUCGAUCUCCCCACCAUCUUCGUCCCCAAUCACCUUCUCCUCCUCAACCGAACCCGACCCAUCAUCAAACCCACAACCCACCAGCGCCUCCAACAGCCUCACCAACAGCAAAGGCGGCAUCUUGAGUUCCUCAGAGCAGACAACCAACAACGAUGCCGAGUUCGGGUUUCAGCGGGCCGAGAUGGGCCAGGCCUCGCUCGUGGGCACGGUCCAGAUCUACGAGCGGCAUCUCUUCCUCUGUUACAAGACUCCUGGGGUCUGGCCCUCGCACGUGGAGGCGUCGGAGUCUGAUCGGCUCCCGAGGUUGCUCGCUGCUGCGCUCAAGAGUCGGGUCAAGGAUAUCAAGAAGAAGACUCGCUUGACCAUAUGUGAAGGAGAGGAUGGCACUGAGUCAUCAAAUGGAGAUGUGCUGAUCUUUCCGGACAUGAUCAGAUAUAGGCGUUUGACACACUUCGAUGUUGAUAAUUUUGUCGAAGAUGUGCUUGUAAAGGAGACUGAGUGGCUUCCUGGUGCUGGCGAGGUACUAACAGGUUCCUAUGUUUUUGUUUGCGCUCAUGGAAGCCGAGAUCGAAGGUGUGGUGUUUGCGGACCUGUUCUUAUUGACAAAUUUAAGGAAGAAAUAAGCUCACGCGGUCUUCAGGGGAAUGUGUCUGUGAGCCCUUGCUCGCAUGUUGGUGGCCAUAAGUAUGCAGGAAAUGUCAUAAUAUUUAGUCAAAAUGCACAUGGAGAAGUGACUGGUCAUUGGUAUGGAUAUGUUACUCCAGAUGAUGUACCUUUACUGCUUGAACAUCACAUUGGGAAAGGAGAAAUUGUUGACCACCUUUGGAGGGGCCAAAUGGGUUUAUCAGAAGAGGACCAGAAGAAAGCUCAGCAACUCAGACUUCAGCUUAAUGGAACAACCCAAGAGAAGGUUUCUCAAGGACCAGUUGAAGCAACUGAGAGCAUCGCUAACGGCUCAGCACUAGAGGCAUCUGGAUGUUGCCAAGGCCGUGGUAAUGUCAGCUGUUGUCAGAAUGGGACGGCGGAAGAGAAACUUGAAAAAAAUUGUGAAGACGAGCAAAAGGCUGAAGAUGGCGUCACUAAGAAAAGCAGCAAACAAAGCAAGGGUAAAGCUCGGAAGAUUUGUGGCGGUCCCAAGUGGUUUCAGAGCUGGGAACGCGAGGACACGUAUGCAGCUCUUGCUGUUGUUGCAGCUGUGGCUUCUGUCGCUGUUGCCUAUAGUUGCUAUCGGCAGUUGAAGUGAGAUGCUGCGGAUAAAGUCUGUCUAUAAUAAUCACUCGAAGUUUAUACUUACUGAGGUAUUGUAAUUCUCUACUUAGUAUUGUAAGAAAAUAAUAAUAAUAAUAAUAAUAAUAACAUAGUUGCCUGCCAACAAUGUAGUUUUGUUAUUUAUGUUUUUUUUAGUUGGAAUGAUAAACAUCUGUAUACAGUAUGGAUGAAUACUCUUGUACACAGUGUUAUGUCUAAUUUAUGCUAGAAAUGUUUGAAAGACUUUCAUA